AUGGUAAACAAACGCCUCAUUUGGCACUUGGAGACAUCAAAUUUUUUUACCGAAGAACAAUGCGGUUUCCGCCAAAAUCACUCAACAAUAGAUACUCUCUUAAAACUACAUACUGACAUAACAAAUGCAAAAUGCAGCAAACAGCAUCUUUGCCUAAUCGCCCUGGACAUUGAAAAAGCAUACGACAUGGCAUGGCGCAACAGAAUUCUCAAAAUAAUCCAAAGGGCAAAUAUAAAUGAUAAAAUGUUCCUCUUUCUGAAAAACUUUCUAAAUGACCGCACAAUACAGAUCAAAGCACUCAAUGAAAUAUCUAACAUAUAUACAACGGAAAACGUGAAUAAUACACUCAGUUCUAUUAUCGAUCCUCUUAAUAAAAUACGAGACAAUAUCGGUAACCCCCGCACGCAUUCAUCGGUGCACCCGCCCCCAUCACCACCACCACACGUAUCACCGAUCACCACACCGCCGUCCGCAGCAUCAACGACGUCGCGUCAGUCAACACAACGAUCGUUGCCGGAUUUCUAUAAAAAACAUUCCACAGCCUUAUCAUCAUCAUCAUCAUCAUCACCAUCGUCGCUUACGGUGCAAUACGAUUUGAAUGAACUAUACGAACAGUGGCCUACAGUUGAAUUAGAUAAAGUAUACGCACCUAAAAAAUUAAGAACUGGCGAAUAUGUUUUGGGUAACAAAGAAAUUAAAUUUAUUGAUAAUGAAAUGCAUAUCGAAGAUGAUGCCGGUUUUUAUCCCAUAACGCCCGGACUUAUCGAGUUAUUAUUCGCCAAGUCCCCAGCGACUGAAAAAUAUACGCAUGAGGAUUUAAGUGCAUAUAAACGUAUUUUAAUUCUGACAUCGGCACACAUGACAGCAGAUGGUACGCGUAUCCGCAGUUCCAUAGGGGCGAAAUAUAUGAAAGUAAUUUCAAAACUGUUCGAGGCCAAGGACAAAAAGUCCGGUAGUGGUAUAAAUAUACGAUUACAGAAACAUAAUAUUGUAUAUUGGAACGAUCCUAAUGAGCUGGUCGAUAGAUUACGAUUAUUGUAUUCGUCUCUCGCGGCCGGUAAUACGGGUGUUCGUAACGAGAUAAUCUCGAUUUGUGAAGAAUUGGUCGAGGCUGGUAUAUUGAAAAAAAUUCCGAAUGUCUAA